AUGACCUUGGCGCGGCGACUAGAACAGACAUACCAAGGUUCCGAGCGCUCAGCAUCGCCGUCGUCAAGCUUCUACGCCAUGAGCGACGACGAGGAAGGCGGCUACAACACCAUCACCCACGCGGAGACGGGCAGGGGAGUGAAGCUGCUGUUUUCCAAGAGCAAGGUUUACGUCCACCCGACACCGUCGGCAAAGGACAAUAUCCCCGGCUACAUCGCGCUCCUGCACCAAAAGCCGUCGCCGUCGGAUCGUCCGACAUCCUCCUCCUCUCGUGAUUCCGCGUCUCCGGCGUCGUCUGAUCUCCUGCUGGCAUGGAUUCCGGAAUCCGCGCUGGGAGACUCUGCCAGCAUCUACGUCAAAGUUGACUUGUGCGACGGCGACUCGCCACCGAGACAGUCCUAUCUUGUUCCACCUCCGCCCACCGUCACGACGCACAGCGGCUCGGUGGGCGGGUACUCGUUUGCCAUACCGGUAAGCGCCGUCUACUCGCUUCUCGUGCGGCCGCCGAGCCUCGGGUGGUGGUACGGCUCCAUCAUCAUCAACUCUCGUGCGGGGGACAGCUUCCCCGCGCUCUUCUUCCACGACAACGAGUGCCAGAGCACAAUCCUGCAGAAGAAGAAGCUGGCCAGGGACAACUUUGACCCGUUUGGCGAGGGCGGGCAAAUGUUCUGGGGCGCGGACGAAGUGCUGAGAUGGGUCAAGAGAUAUGUCCACGUCGAGAGGUCAGGCGCCGAACCCAACAUAUAUCUGAUUGAACCGAGCCACGACGACCUGCAGGGGUUCGGGGGCAAGUUUGCGACGACGCCGAAACGAGGCGGCGGCGCCAACACCAAGAAGGACGGGCGUCAAGGCGGCGGCGGCGGCGGCAGUAGCAGCAGGGAUGCGGAAAUGGAUCCUUUUACCAGGUUUGUCAAGGAGACUGGCUGGAACAUCAUGAACCAGUUCAGCAAGGUCACCACAUUCACCAGGCGGACGGCCCAAGACUUUGCGGACAACAGCAACCUGCCUCCGCAGGUGAAGCGGCUGCUGAGGAACCCCGAGGUGCAAACGCUGCAGAAUGAGUUUGACAGCGCCCGGAUCUACCUUGCUCGGUGGGCCAUGGGCAUCGCCGAGCAGAGCGAGCGGGACCGGCGCGGCCGCAUAUGGACGGUCAAGGAUGUCGUGGACCUGGAAGCCACGGACGUCGGCGAGUUUGAGUUGCUGGAAGGGGCCAGCGCCCUGUCCGUGGAGGAGCGACGCCGGGCAGUCACAAUGGCCGAGUGGGAGACGUUUUUCGACCCCGAGACCGGACGGCUGUCCGUGACGGUGGACGAAGUCAAGGAGCGCAUUUUCCACGGCGGCCUGGACCCGGACGACGGCGUCCGCAAGGAAGCCUGGCUGUUCCUGCUGGGCGUUUACGAAUGGUACGGGACUGCCGACGAGAGAAAGGCCCAGAUUGCCUCGCUGCGCGACCAUUACUACCGCCUGAAGCAUUCUUGGUGGGAGAGACUGGAGGGAGACGGCGGCGAGGGCGAGGCAGGGGAAUGGUGGCGAGAGCAACGAGGUCGAAUCGAAAAGGACGUGCACCGGACGGAUCGCCAAGUCCCCAUCUUCCACGGCGAAGACACCCCCCACCCCGACCCCAGCUCGCCCUUUGCCGACGUCGGCACAAACGUGCACCUCGAGCAGAUGAAGGAGAUGCUGCUCACGUACAACGAGUACAACAAGGACCUCGGCUACGUGCAGGGCAUGUCGGACCUGCUCGCGCCCAUCUACGCCGUCGUCCAGGACGACGCCAUCGCCUUUUGGGGCUUCCAGAAGUUCAUGGAGCGCAUGGAGCGCAACUUCCUGCGCGACCAGUCGGGCAUGCGGCGCCAGCUGCUGACGCUGGACCACCUCGUCAACUUCAUGGACCCCCAGCUGUGGAACCACUUGCGGGCGGCGGACAGCACAAACUUCUUCUUCCUGUUCCGCAUGGUCCUGGUGUGGUACAAGCGCGAGUUUGAGUGGCCCGACGUGCUGAGGUUGUGGGAGGGCCUGUGGACGGAUCUGCUGAGCGCCGAGUUUCACCUGUUUGUGGCGCUGGCGAUCAUGGAGAAGCACAGAGACGUCAUAAUGGAGCAUCUCAAGGCGUUUGACGAGGUUCUCAAGUACACAAACGAGCUAUCCAACACCAUGGAUCUGGAAUCAACACUCAUCCGAGCAGAGGCCCUCUACCGCAAGUUCCAGCGUCUGGUGGAAGCCAUUGACAAGAAGCAGAACUUCCCCGCGCCGCGACAAGGGCCCUCCUUGCCGGAAGGGCAACCGCCGGGAACCAAGGUCGACGAGGAUGCCCGCAACAGGCCCCUGAAGCCGGGCGGAGCCGGCAAAGGAAAGGACAAGGACCAGGACAAGGACCAGGACGAGCAGGAAAAGGUAAUCUCGCCCGAGUUGAGGAGGCUGCUCAGCAGAAAGGUGGAGGUUCUGCCUCGGAAGACGGUGGCUCAGAGGGGGGACGGGAUGCCAGGGAAGUAG